AUGGAUCAGUUAUUUAGGAAGAGCAUAGUAACAAUUGUUUUGAUUUUCUUUGCCAACCGAGUUUCUAUAGCAGCAGGUGCUAAUGGAACAUUUCCGGCAUUGUUUUCAUUUGGAGACUCAAUCCUUGAUACAGGAAACAAUAACAACCUUCAAACGUUAAGUAAAUGCAAUUUUCCUCCGUAUGGAAUGGAUUUCGAAGGAGGAAAAGCUACAGGAAGAUUCUGCGAUGGAAAAAUUCCCUCAGAUUUGAUAGCAUCGGGUUUGGGAAUCAAAGACACGUUGCCAGCAUAUCUUGACGGUAACUUGAAGACUGAAGACCUUCCCACUGGGGUAUGCUUCGCCUCAGGUGGCUCAGGGAAUGACGACACGACCGCUCGCAUACAGGGGGUUUUAACACUAUCGGCCCAACUGGGACUGUUUAAGGAAUACAUAGGAAAGCUAAGAACAAGUGUUGGACAACAACGUGCAGAUGAGAUAAUUUCCAACAGCUUGUACCUUAUUUCAUCUGGCAACAAUGACAUUGCCAUUACCUAUCAGUCAAGGAGACUGGAACCUUUCCCACUUUAUGCUGAUCAAUUAGUUGGCUGGGCUUCAAAUUUCCUCAAGAGUCUAUACGAACUGGGAGCACGAAGAGUGUGGGUGCUAAGUACAUUGCCACUGGGAUGCUUGCCCGGAGCUAGAAGUGCAGGUGGAGGACCAUUAAGAGCAUGUGAACCCUUAACCAAUCUAAAUGCGCAGUCAUUCAAUAGCAAGUUAUCAUCCGCGGUCAAUUCUAUGAAAACCACUCUUCCCAAUUCUGACAUUAGGUUCGUCGAUGUGUACACUCCUCUGCUUAAUAUCAUUCAAAAUCCUUCAAGCUCAGGUUUUGUGAAUGUUGCGUUGGGGUGUUGUGCGACUGGGACGGUUGAACUUGGAGUGCUAUGUAACCGUUUUAGUCAAACGUGUGGAAAUCCUUCGACAUCCGUAUUCUGGGAUGCUGGCCAUCCAACUCAGAAAGCAUAUGAACUCGUUGUCUCUUCUAUUCUUCAAAGUAACAAUGCUUAA